UUGUUUGUGGAGCGCUUUGGGUUGCACUCUGUGCAUGUUUAAAUGCGCUUUAAAAAUAAAACUGACUUGAUUUGACUUGACUAUAGGAUUUAAUUAAUGAGAUUGCCCAGAUUGUUACUAAAUCGUAACUAUCUGGAAGCCCUCAUAACAGUUCCGUUUGACUGUAGUGCCUUUCAGUUUCCUCUGAUUCAGACUUCCUAAAUGGACAAAGAUGAAAUGAAAGUGCAGACUGUUAAUAUUCUCAACAUGCUAUGGUGUGCCAAAGUCAGUUUUAUGUACAUUUGUAGCUCUACCUUCCUGGUUGUUAUUCUGGUGAGAGUACACACAUUGCUACUUGGUCUUUUAUGUGUACAUAUUGAUACCCAGUCUGAACUUGACAUACAAAGAAAUGUCAUAAUGUGCUGUAUGUUUGUCUGUGUACCACAUUUUAUAAGAUGCUGAACUACAGUACCAGUACAUAGCACACAGCAUUUCAUUAUUUAUUAAAUUAUUUUGAUCAGUGUUGUACAGUAUAUGAAUAAGGUAGAAUCCUCUGGCAUAAAAAAACAGGACAAUGUAGCUCACUUUAGUUAAUUGAUUUGGAUGUUGUGUUGUGGUUGCAGGUCCCAUACUAUGGCAAACACACCUGAUGGCUGUAUUCAGUUUACGCGACAUGCUGGAUAUGUCCUUCUCAACUUCAACCGUUUACGCAGUCGAAAUAUCAUGACGGAUGUCACCGUAAUGGUCAACGGACAGCAGUUUCAGGCACACAAGACCAUUCUCAUGGCCUGCAGUGGGCUCUUCUACUCCAUUUUCACCAGCGCUGACAAAGGCAACGUGAGCACCAUCAGUCUGGACCCCUCCGUGGACGCUGUUGGUUUCUCAGCACUGCUGGACUUCAUGUACACCUCCUGUUUGGCCCUGAAGGACAGUGAUAUCUUCUCCAUCCUGACCACAGCCAUACACCUCCAGAUGGACCAUGUGGUGGACACAUGUCAAAGAGUUGUUAAGGCCAGAGGCCUGCAUAAACGACAGGAGGACUUGGCACGAGUCAUUUGGCGGACGCAGGACCUACCUCCUUCUAUACGCCGUGCCAGCAGUGAUGCCCCCUUCUCUAGUCACAGCAAUCCCCUCAGUCACAUCUAUGGCCAAGCCCCCAUUCCCCUUGUGCCAGCGGCUCCAUACUGGCACAUCCCCAACCGCAGCAGUGCACCUAAACAGCGCCCAGCCUCUCCGUCCAACGUGGUGAAUUUAUCUGCAAUGAGGCGCCUCCACUCCACAUUUCAAAGCAACCUUGGUAGGCACCCCGCCCCCUCUCUGUCCCCCAUGGACUACCAGAAGCAACUACCUCGGCCCGGGGCCAGGCUGGAGCAGAAGCAAUCGCGGGCACCAGACACUGGCUGCCAUGAGCUCCAGGAGGUGAAGAGGGGUGAUGAGGAAGAGGAGGGGGAGCAGGGGGAUAGAUCAGACUGCCGGCCCAGCUCCCCCAUGGAGUCCAGCAGCUGCAACAAGGAGACCUCCUCCUCCUUAUCUUCCUCCUCACCUCCUCUUGGUCCUCACAACAGUCACAGUCAGAAUGAGAAGGUGCACAACUGGAAGAAGUACAAGUUCAUUGUCUUGAAUGCCUGUCAAGAAGAUGAACAGCGUAGCGAAGAAUCUACCUCACAGAUUGGCCAAAGAGAACAGGAGGAACAGGAACAUCAAGUCCAACAAGUCAACCAGCUUAGUAACAUCAGCAGGAUAUCUGAAGAGGGUCAUCAGAGAUUUGACUCAGCAAAACCUCAGGCAGAAUCUUCAGAAUCAGAUUGCACUGCUUCAGCCGACUUCUGCAAGAAAUGUGAGUCCCAAAUCACAGAUGGAGAACACUCCCUUCAAGCCCACUGCAUCAAACCAUACAAAUGUGACUAUUGCCCUGCAACUUUUCGGUGCAAAGGAAAUCUUGCCGGUCAUAAGUCUGUUCACACAGGAGAAAAACCUUACCGCUGUUCCGUGUGCGGAGCUCAGUUUAACAGACCAGCCAACCUCAAGACCCAUAGCCGUAUCCAUUCUGGAGAAAAGCCAUACAAAUGUGAAACAUGUGGUGCUCGCUUUGUACAGGUGGCUCACCUCAGGGCCCACGUCCUCAUCCACACAGGAGAGAAGCCUUACCCCUGUGACGUGUGCGGCUCGCGCUUCCGUCACCUGCAGACUCUGAAGAGUCACACACGCAUACACACUGGGGAGAAGCCUUAUCAGUGUGACCACUGCAAGUUGCACUUCCGCCACAAGAGCCAGCUGAGGCUUCACCUGCGGCAGAAGCAUGGCACCGAGUCCAGUUCCAGGACUCCGCACCUCAGGCCGGCCACUGCCCCUCACAAUCCUGCCGUCCACACCCACUGAGCAGAGAGGGGUCUGCCUUAGGGGAGAGGGAACUGGGCGACUACUUCUACUCAGGGUUACAAGGUCCAAUUUAGUGUUCAUCAGUUCAUCAGUGAUGCUGAAGAGAUGUUAAAAAAUGUCUAGCUUUGUUCCAUGGCUUGUUUUUAAUUUGUGCGGAAAAAAGUGUAAAUAUUUGUAAAUAUUUAAGUGUAAAGGUUUGUAUUAAAAAAAAUCCAAAAUUAA